AGAACCAAUCAUGGCGUCCAUGCAGAAGCGGUUACAAAAAGAGCUAUUGGCAUUCCAAAAGGACCCACCUCCAGGAAUGACACUCAAUGAAAAGAGUGUAGAAAACUCAAUUACGCAGUGGAUUGUAGAUAUGGAAGGUGCUCCAGGAACACUCUAUGAAGGGGAGAAGUUUCAGCUUCUGUUUAAGUUUAGUAGUCGGUAUCCUUUUGAUUCACCUCAGGUCAUCUUUACUGGAGACAAUAUUCCUGUUCACCCCCAUGUUUAUAGCAAUGGUCAUAUCUGUUUAUCCAUCCUAACAGAAGACUGGUCCCCAGCUCUCUCGGUGCAAUCUGUUUGUCUUAGCAUUAUUAGCAUGCUUUCCAGCUGCAAAGAAAAGAAGCGACCUCCAGAUAACUCAUUUUAUGUAAGAACAUGUAACAAGAAUCCAAAGAAAACAAAAUGGUGGUAUCAUGAUGACACAUGUUGAUGGCACCGUUUUGUGAUCCUCGUAGCAGAAGAUAGUCCUACUGAGAAAAUGAGCAC